AUGAGUGGCUGCGAAUCCGGCAACGAUGUUUUAUCGCGCCUAUCAUUGAUCGCCACCGAACUGCCGCCCCGUUUGGAGGAAACCCUUUUCCCGGACGGUGGCCCGAACGCGGGUGAGUUGGUGGAAAUAGUCGGUGACUCCAACACGGGCAAAUCGCGCCUGCUGCUCGACCUGAUUGCCCGCAUCGUGCUUCCGGUGAACUGUGGAGGCCACGAGAUCGGUGCCGUGCUGAUCGAUUGCGAAAACACCUUCCACUUGGAGGUAGUGCUGGACGUGUUGGAAAAGUACAUCCUAAACUACGCCGAACCGGCCAUUGCCGCUACGCUGGACGGGCCGCAAAUUGAACGCAUCCAGCAGACCAGCCUGGACCGGUUGCAGUUGAUCGAGUGCUACUCGCUGGAAGAGUUCGAAAUGACCCUAGUGUCGCUGGAGAACGUUUUCCUUCAGCAGCCGGACAUCGGUUACGUGCUGGUCGAUUCGAUCGCCACAUUCUACUGGACCAAGUGCACUCCGGCGAAGCCAGUGCGAAUGGAAAACUAUCAACUGGCGAAAUGCAAAACGUUCAGGCGAAUAGCUAAAAAGUGGCACAAGGCGUUCGUUUACACGAACCCAGCGUACUUUGCGAACGGUGAAAGCGAGCAAGACUUUGAACUGUCUUUGACUGGGUUCCUGCUGGAGAACCCAUCGCAAGGAUCGACGUCGGCAGCCAAAAGCACGCCGACGAAUGACAUGUUUCCGCCCGGAAAAGGCGCGCCAACAGUUAGCCUGCCGGUGGACUAUCGUAUCGAGCUGUGCGAAAGCGACCACUGGCCGGGAACGCACGAACAAGCGGAGGACGAGCAACGGUUCACUGCGUUCAUCACAUCGAAGGAGAACAGCCAACCGCAGCACACACGUUACUAUUUGAUAGAUAAACUCGGUUUCAACUGGAUUGAGCCAAAGCCAUAG